GUUGGACGGUAGGCAUGAGUACAAUUAAGAGGUGGGCGCCUCCGCACGCUUUGCUGCCAGCGGGGACUGAAGUGGCCUGAAAGAGUUGCCCGGCAUUCCUGUUCUUCCCAAAGCGGCUCGGAGCCACCCCAAGGGCCGCGGGACUGAAAGCAAACGUCGGGGAUUAUUAUGUCGAUUUCCCGAGAACCGGGGUUCGCAGCGCGGAACCGAAGGAAAAGCUAGCUCCUCGGAGGUCCCGCCGGCAUUUGAUACCCAGCGACGCCUAGGAUUGCCCAGAUCGCCUGCGGUGGAUCAGCAACUUUCCUCUAUUCGCAUCCCAUAUUUUUAAAGAAAAAAUUUUCUGUUCGCCGCGUUGGUCUUUUACUGCCAUCAAAACACUGAAGCAAAGACUUCAGGCUCGUCAUUCAAAGUAUGCUUUAUAUUUUUGCCAAAUAUGAUCUCUAAUUGAAAGUUUAUUUUUGGUUUUGGAUGAAUCUGUGGAACUUAUGUUGUAAGAAGAAAGGGGGAACGAGACACGAUGAAAGAGAAGUCCAAAAAUGCUGCCCGGACUAGGAGGGAGAAGGAAAACAGUGAAUUUUAUGAACUGGCUAAAUUACUGCCUUUGCCCUCGGCUAUCACCUCGCAGCUGGACAAAGCAUCCAUAAUCAGGCUCACCACCAGCUAUCUCAAAAUGAGAGUAGUGUUCCCAGAAGGGCUCGGCGAAGCGUGGGGCCACUCGAGCAGGACCAGCCCCCUGGACAACGUAGGCCGCGAACUGGGCUCCCACUUGCUCCAGACCUUGGAUGGCUUCAUCUUUGUGGUGGCCCCAGAUGGGAAGAUCAUGUACAUCUCGGAGACAGCCUCAGUCCACCUGGGUCUUUCUCAGGUAGAGCUGACCGGGAACAGCAUUUACGAAUACAUCCACCCUGCGGACCACGACGAGAUGACGGCGGUGCUCACGGCUCACCAGCCCUACCACUCUCACUUCGUCCAGGAGUACGAGAUCGAGCGCUCCUUCUUCCUGAGGAUGAAGUGCGUCUUGGCCAAGAGGAACGCGGGCCUCACCUGCGGCGGCUACAAGGUCAUUCACUGCAGCGGCUACCUGAAGAUCCGCCAGUACAGCCUGGACAUGUCCCCCUUCGACGGCUGCUACCAGAACGUGGGCCUGGUGGCCGUGGGCCACUCGCUGCCUCCCAGCGCCGUCACGGAGAUCAAGCUGCACAGCAACAUGUUCAUGUUCCGCGCCAGCCUGGACAUGAAGCUCAUCUUCCUGGACUCCAGAGUGGCGGAGCUGACGGGAUACGAGCCUCAGGACCUGAUUGAGAAGACCCUGUACCACCACGUGCACGGCUGCGACACCUUCCACCUGCGCUGCGCCCACCACCUGCUGCUGGUAAAGGGGCAGGUGACCACCAAAUACUACCGGUUCCUGGCGAAGCACGGCGGCUGGGUGUGGGUGCAGAGCUAUGCGACCAUCGUGCACAACAGCCGCUCGUCCAGGCCGCACUGUAUCGUCAGCGUCAACUAUGUCCUCACAGACACGGAAUACAAAGGGCUGCAGCUCUCCCUGGAUCAGAUCUCAGCCUCCAAACCAGCCUUCUCCUAUGCAGGCAGCUCCACUCCUGCCAUGACUGACAGCAGAAAGGGGGCCAAGUCCAGGCUUUCCAGCUCAAAGUCUAAGUCCAGGACUUCCCCAUACCCUCAGUACUCGGGAUUUCCCGCGGAAAGAUCUGAAUCUGAUCACGACAGCCAGUGGGGCGGCAGUCCGCUGACAGACGCGGCCUCCCCGCAGCUGCUGGACCCCGCGGACCGGCCGGGCUCUCAGCACGACGCGUCGUGCGCCUACAGGCAGUUCUCGGAACGCGGCUCUCUCUGCUACGGCUUCGCGCUCGACCCCUCCAGGCUGGUGGAGGAGAGGCAUUUCCACACCCAGGCCUGCGAGGGCGGCCGGUGUGAGGCAGGCAGGUACUUCCUGGGAGCGCCGCAGGCGGGGAGGGAGCCCUGGUGGGGCUCUCGCGCAGCCUUGCCCCUGACCAAGGCCUCCCCGGAAAGCAGAGAAGCCUAUGAGAGCAGCAUGCCUCACAUCGCCUCGGUCCACAGGAUCCACGGGCGAGGUCAUUGGGAUGAAGAUAGUGUGGUCAGUUCUCCAGACCCUGGGUCUGCCAGCGAAUCAGGUGACCGAUAUCGCACUGAGCAGUAUCAAAGUAGCCCACAUGAACCUAGCAAAAUCGAAACUCUGAUCAGAGCCACCCAGCAAAUGAUUAAAGAAGAAGAGAACAGGUUGCAGCUGAGGAAAGCCCCCCCAGACCAACUGGCUUCCAUUAAUGGAGCUGGGAAAAAACACUCCCUCUGUUUUGCAAACUACCAGCAGCCCCCAACGACAGGCGAAGUCUGCCACAGCUCUGCUCUUGCCAACACUUCACCAUGUGACCACAUCCAGCAGAGAGAGGGAAAGAUGCUGAGCCCCCGCGAAAAUGACUACGACAACAGUCCCACAGCACUGUCGCGGAUAAGUAGUCCUAAUUCAGAUCGCAUUUCCAAAUCCAGUUUGAUCCUAGCUAAAGACUAUCUACAUUCGGAUAUGUCUCCUCAUCAGACGGCAGGAGACCAUCCUGCCAUCUCUCCAAACUGCUUUGGCUCUCACCGGCAGUAUUUUGAUAAGCACGCUUACACAUUAACUGGAUACGCCCUGGAGCACUUAUAUGAUAGCGAAACCAUUAGAAACUAUUCCUUGGGCUGUAAUGGCUCACACUUUGAUGUAACUUCCCAUCUAAGGAUGCAGCCGGAUCCAGCACAAGGACACAAGGGAACAUCUGUUAUAAUAACCAAUGGAAGCUGAUGUUUUUUCUAAAAUAUUUUGUUCUUUAAGGAUCUCUGAAACAUAUUUAUCAUUUAAUGCCCCAUUACCAACAUUUACAAUGCCACAGAUUGUUAGAGUGGAUAAUUUAAGUUACUGGGUAUUUGACAUGUGUUCUUGUGAAAUCAAAGAUAACAGCACUGGCAUUCAGGGUUAUACACAGAUAAUGGAGCUAAAGUGAAUACACGAAUUGCCCCUCUAUUUAUAUGGGAACCAGAAUAGAUAAAUUUUGAAUUGAAAAAUACUUGUGUAGAUUACGUGAGCAUAUAUAUCACAUGAAAGGACCGAUGGAUGACAACAAUCAUUAUGAUGAUACAGUGAACUUCAUACAGACCACUAUCCACAAACUGCUAUAUAUACUUUACAUAUGGAAAUACAGACUAUAUACCGUAAAUAUACCCCAAAUGGGUAAGUUUCCUUAACCCUAGCACAUUAAGCAUCUUAAAGAAAUUUCCAUUCCCAAAAUAACUAAGAAAGAGAUAUAUCUUGUAAACUGGUUUCUUCUUUGUGGUUUCAACCAUCCAGCUCAUUUGGUUCAGGCAUAAAUUAGGGAAAUGGUUCUGGAUAUGAUACAAGAAUGAGUUUUCACAUGGCAUCCAUUAUAAGAAAUCAGGAAGUGGUGAUUUUUCACCUUACUUUUGAGUUAGACAAAGAACAGGAUCACACUGACAUAGCAGUCAGGGUUUUUCUAAGUAAAAACACUGGGAUAUUGGGACACACAUCAAAAGCCUGGUGUGCCCAACUGGAAAUAGAUUAGUAGAGAUGGAAAGGCCAGAGGCAGAGAAAAAUGAAAUGAUAUCUCAAAACAAAUAAUUUCAGGGUCAGCAUAUGUAAUCAACAUACUUGGGGCUUGUAAAACUAACCAAAUAAAAAUUCAAACUAAUUCACCAGGAAAAAAAGGCUGAUAAGUGC